UUCUUGGAAUUGUAAAGUUGUUUGUCUUUCUUAGCUUUGCUCUGCAUUUGUGGUUAAACGAUGUUGAUCGGUUGAAACCGUAAAUUUAACACACUUAACCGUAUCUUUAUCGGUUUUGGCAACAGCUAGACUGUUGAUGAAAGCGAAAUUUAAGAUAUAAAUUAAGUUUUUUUGUCGUCAAAAUGGCGAAAAAUGUUGUGAUUCAAUUAAGGAAAGAGAGACUCUGCAGGCUUCUUGCAGGAAGCAUUGAAUUUAUUCACUAGUUAUAUAGAUACAAAAGCUCAAGAUUUUUCAAGAUUUUCAGUGGUGAACGUUGAACGUCACUUAAGAGCAAUUCCAAGAAGCUUUAAUUAAAGUAUCAUUAAUGUAUGAUAAAUGAUAAACAGACCGCUGUAUUUCAAACGCAUGCAGAAUGCCUGGAACAGGUAGUCAGCAAAAUGCUGAGACUCCCGUGAAAUUCGCUUUGAUUGAAGCUGUUAAAAACCAUGAUGAAAGCGAAGUAAAGAGAUUGAUCGCAGCAAGGGUGGAUGUGAAUGAAGCUGAUUACCAGGGAAAGACCGCUUUGAUACAUGCAGUCCAGAACAAUGUUGACAUUGAAAUCAUUAAAGUUUUAGUUGAGAAUGGUGACGCGACAGUUAAUGCUAAAGACAGUUAUAAUAGAAAUUCUUUAUUCUAUGCUAUAACAAAAUCGAAAGAUACGGCUGAAUAUCUUUUUAAAAAGACAGAUAAACUCAAUAAUUCCAAUGUUUCCCGCAUAUUGAAAUUUUUUCUAGAGAGCCUUUGUACAAAAAGGCACGAUUCUCAUCCAACUAUUGAUGAAGUCGUUCCUCUGCUGGAAGCUAAAGGUCUAACAUCUGAAAUACUUGCUAGUUCAAUAGUGAACAUCCUGUUGUGUAAGAGUCCUCUGCUGUUAACCUCCAUGAUUGAUAAUCAUCGUCCCAGAAAUUCAGAUCACCUAAUGUUUCAUUUGCACGAAAAAAGGAAAUCUCUUUUAGGUGCCUUGAAGGAGGCUUGCGAGUGUAAGUUUAUGGAGAACUAUCCAAAGAAGGAGAGCAUUAAGCAGGUUUUGGAGAUGAUAGGAGGUGAUCAUAAUAGAAGUAUUUCUGAUAUUCUCAAUUCGUUGAAGGAGCAUGACCCCGACCCCAACUUUGCUGAUUCCGAAGACAAUACCGCUUUUCACUAUGCAGCUUGUUUACCAUGGAUGAAAGUUUCUACAGAAAGCAUCAAGGAAACAUGUCUAGAGUUAAAAAGCUUUGGAGUUGCGUGGAACAGAACAAAUCUUCAAGAUCAGACACCACUUUUAAUCUGCUUGUCUGGAAGCAUGGAGCAUCUAAAAGACGACGAUAAGCUAACAGCAAUGAAGGGAUUGGUGGAAGUCUGCAAAUUUCUGGUGACAGGUGCAUCAAGUUUAAAAGAAACGACCCAGGAUGGAGAAUCCGUGUUUCACUUGGUUAUUAAGCUUUUCCAGCAAGGUUUCGAAAUACCCGAGCAAACAAUUAGACAGGGUGUUAUUGAUGAAAUGAUGAAGCUUUUAGAUUGUUUUACACCCCUCAGAGUGAACAAGACGGUUGUUCAGCAAAGAAAUGAUGACCUUAACUCCCCACUUCACCUGUGGGCGUCAUUAGCAUUAACGACGCCAGAUUACACCAGCUGUGUGACUCCAGAAAAAACUUUCAAGCAACUUUUGAAGGUAAUUUUUGACCAUCUCUUAAAUUGUGGAGCAAAGAAUAUUAAUGAUAGAAACAAGAAAGAAGAAACUGCGCUACAUUUUUGCAACACCUGGGGUGCAGUGAAGCUAUUGAUGGAUGUUGGCGCAAAUACAAGUGAUAAAGAUUCGUCGAAGCGUCCACCCCUUCUUGUGGCAGCAAGCAGAAAAACGUUUCUUAGAAAUCCUCCUUAUUUUUAUCCAGAUUUUUAUUUGGAUGUCCAAAGGGAUUCUGAUUCAGAUGUCCAAGAGGAGGCAAAAUUUUUCUUUGCAACUGCUGUUGACAAGAAACUUGAUCCAUGGAAGGUUGACAAAUUCGAUAAGUCUGUUUUGGGAUUUCUUAUCGAAUAUCAAACCUAUGAUCUAUCCAAAGCCUUAGUUGAGGUUGCUUGCUUAGUUGAGGAGAAUUCGCAAGACACAUCUGAAAGAAUCUUAGUUUCGCUGUUAAAUGCUAUUUGCAAAGAUGAAUCCCUGCAUACACGUUGGAAAGUUGAACUUGCGAAAACUGUUCUGUCGUGCGCAAAGGAAAAGAAAAUUAAUGUAGUUAAUGAACCUUUUGACUUUUGCUGUAAAACUAUGAUAUCACUAUUGGUUGCUAUGGAAGAGAAUCAGCAACCUGCUUUCAAUGACGAAACAUCUAUCCAUUGCUGCGUUGCUCAAUUGCUUCGUUCACAUGGAGCUGAAUUAUCAGGUGAAUCCUAUGAAACGCUAAGAGCGAUAUGUCCGGAAAUCGACCAAAUUCUGGAAAAUACCCCAGUCCAAGAACUUGUUCCUUGGACGUCUACAUCAAAAGAACACAAAAAUGUGCUCCACAGAGUUGCCAGGCGACAAGAAUGCAAGGAAAUUGGUAGAACGAUUUGUUGCCAGGCUUCUGCGGGGUCUUUUGGUAACACUGAUCUUUUUGUAGGAAUCAAUAUAACGAGUGGCAAAGAAGUGGCCAUUAAGCGCAUAAAAAAAACACAAUGCAAACCAAAUUUGAAGAAACUUUAUGCUCAAUUAGACUGUGAACAAGUCAUUCGUUAUUUUCUUCACUUAGAUGAAAUCGACCAUGUUUACUUUGUUUUUGAGUUGAUGGAGGGUAACCUCGAUGCAUACCUUGAUGUCGAUGCCUUAGUUAAACUCGAUGAAAGGACAAGUCUUUGUGGAGAUAUAGUUAAGGGGUUGAAGUAUUUGCACGAGCACGAAAUCCCCCAUUUUCAUGACCAUCUCAAACCAACAAGCAUUUUCUAUAAAACACAUCCUAAACUAUGCUUGAAAAUAACGGACUUUGAUCAUAGCCAGCCCGCUGACGGAACAUCGAAUACUUAUGUUUGGUCAUCACCAGAAGUGUUAAAGAAACUCGAAAAUCCCUCUGAGUUUUCUGACAUGUUUUCUUGUGGGUUGCUCCUGCAUUACAUCUUGUCAAAAGGAAAGCAUCCCUUUUGUCCAGAUAGUUCUACAAGUACAUCGCACAUCGUUUCCAAAACAGAACUUAACAUAAAAGACAAUAACAGUAAAGUUGAAGACUCUCUUUCUCCAGAAGGCACUCACCUUGUCAAAAACAUGCUUGGUGAUAAAGUAGAUCGAAAAUCUGCAGCUGAAGCAUUGGAUCAUCCGUUGUUUUGGCCAAAAACGAAAAAGGUGGAUCUUCUCACUGCUGUUGGCAAUCAACCAGAAUUUGAAUAUCCUCGCGCAGGAAGAUUAGUUGUUUUGUCUGCUGUUGAGACUGAGUUGGAAGCACGGUUUGGUACCAUAGUGAAGCAUGUGGAAUGGAACGACCCAGGUAAUGUACAUAUGCCUGAUAUUUACAAGGAAAUGGGUAAAAUGCGUAAAAAGAGAAAGUAUGAUACUCACUCUGUCGUAGAGUUGGUGCGCUUCAUACGAAAUGCUAAAGCACACGUCUCUGAAAGUACACGACCAACAUCAAUCAGAAAACUGCUGCUGGAAGACUUUGUGUUCUUGGAAUAUUUUCCAAAUCUUGUGAUGGAGGUUUACAAGGCUGUAACCACUCAUGGAUGGGAUCAGACGAGAGAAGAGAUUAAGUAUGCGUUGAAGAAAUAACAAGAUUCGCGAACUCAUUCCAAAGUUAAUGUCGCCGUCAUCCUCUACAGUCCUACUGUACAAUUGUUAUGAGAGAGAAAAUUAAUGUUUUUACAGACUAAGCUAGACAUCAGUUUUCUAAUGACUAUUUCUUAUCGUAUGAAAACAAGAUAAAGAACGAUCAAUUAGUUAUUGAAAAUAUCGAUAUAAGAUUUCAGUAAGGCUACCAUCACGCACAAGUUUAGAUGAUGGUAUGCUUUGAAUUCACAAGUAAACCAUUUAGCUCCUCCCAUUAGCAUGUACACCUAUGGUUACACCCUAAACACUCUUUACCCCUUUGCUUAGUUAUUUUGGCACUAUUCUUUUAAAUCUUAUGAUAUAAUUAUUCCUCGUAGACCUUUCUAUACAUUUACCAUAUAAUCAUAAAUUAUCUUUAGUUUAAGUUAUGUUUAGUUCUAUGAUUUUCACUCGUAUUAUUCUUAAUAAGAUAUCACACUUAGGAAUUUACUAUUUCCAUCAGCCAAUCAAGACACAGCGAUGAUAUCAUAUUGAUUGUAGAAUGACACCUGUCAUGAAGUUAUUAUAAAUAGAGCUCAUGUAAUUAGUUUAAGUCAGAAGAAGAGUAUAGAGUGAAGAGAAAGUAGAAUAAAGAUCCCGUAGCUCGAACCGAGAGCGGUCCAUCCCAUAACACAAUAUCAAAGUCCCUCUUUUUAGCAUGGUGGUCCUUGUUAUUAUAGUCACAUAUAUACCUUAUAAAUUUUAUCAAACCUUGAAACUGAUCAAAGUCAGUGCUUGAACUGGAGUCUGAAGAACUGGAGUCAGAGAAUUUGAGUGAGAGAUUGAAUUGGAAUUUAGUUUGUAAGGUUUUGCGGAGAGAGGAAAACCGGAGAGCCUAGGAGAAAAACCGGCUCGAAUCAAGGAAGAGACCUACCGUUACAAACUUGAGCCUUAACAAAUUUCAGGAAUCAAACCCGAGACUCCAAGAAGUGAGAGGCAAGUGCACUACUGCUGCGCCACCCUUGAUUAUAACAUAUUAUUAUAUAAUUAGGAUAGUAUGCGCGCGCUGAUUGGUCGAAAACUGUGCGUUAUUAGUGAACGGAGCACAGUGCUGACGACAUCCGCGCGCGCGAGGUUCUGCUAGAUCCUGCGACCUUCUUUCUUUUUAUGUAAAUUAAUUCAAUACCGAAAUGAAAUUAGUAGCCAUAUAAUGAAACAAAUAAAACAACUUUCUCCGUUCAUAAAUAAAGCACUUAGGAAGCGCCGUAAGCACUCAAGAAGUGUGAGAAGCACUCGCCUACGGCUCGUUAUUCUUCUUACCCUUCUUUCGUGCUUACGUCACUUCCUGCGUGCUUUAUUACUGAUCGGAACAGGGCACGGAAAAAGCUGUUUUAUUUGUUAAACAUUAGAAACAUAAAUAUAUUAAUUGGUAAUUAAGUUUUCUUCACAAUCACGAACAUCGUGUCUUGUCUAUUUAGUAACCGUCCUCGAAUGGAAGACGAUUAAAAGGACAUUAUUCAGCUA